UUUCCAUUCCCUUGUUUACUCAGGCAGUAGCGGUAUCAUUCCGCGAGUGUGGGGAGAGAGCCUCCCUCGAAAACACACACACAGACGGCGUGAGUGCCAGCUUCGUGCAAUGAGCGAGCAAACAGACGGAGCGUAGUGUCCCGCUGCCGUCCGCAAAGUUGCUGCAGAUCCCCGGCCUGGCAGUGCUAACAAAGCUUCCGCAUCUGGAUGGGUAGCAGUGACCUCCCUACUCCGGUUCCGCCUGCGGUCAGGAACAACUUCCCAAGUUUCAGCGGGAUCUGCUUUUUCUGAAGACUUUUCUGUAUGUUGUCUUUUCUUUUCUUCUUCCCCCCCCUCAUUUUCCUCUCCCUCUGUUUGGUCGGGACGGGAGAAAAGGAUCGUGUGAACAGCGAACAGAUCCAAACAGAUUGUGUGUACAGAAAAAGUAUUUAUGGGAGCAUUAAAUGGGUCGGUGUCCCCAUCUUUGUUUGUCAGAAGGAAAUCACAGUAACACAAGAGAGAAGUUGGGUUCUAUCAUCGGGAUGUAAAGUGUUUGGUUAAGAUUUUGAUUUAGCUCAAACAAAAGGAACCAAGUUUUUUUCAUUGCAGUCCAUCUUGGAGAGGGUGGCGAGAGGUUAAAGAAGCGAAAUUGGCGGACGAAAGUUUGUCAAUAUUGUAUGCCGGGAGGGAAGGAUGGGGGAUUACAAUAUGCCCCCAAACCCGAAGCACAGCGCGAUCGUGGAGAGGUUGAGACAACGGAUCGAGCUAUGUUGCCAGCACCAUGCAGUCUGCCAGGUCCGCUACGAGCAGAACCAGCCGCAGCGCAUCGAGCAGGAGCGAAGGGAUAAACUCGUCCUGCACCAGAAAUACCUGGAAACACGCAGUAAGAAGACCCCGAAAGCUAAACAGCAGCAGCAGCAACAUGAAAGCAACCGGGCUCCCAAAAACUGCGACAACGAACAGCCUACAGGACCUAACGCAACCAGUGAACACGGGAAUCUCACCCUCAUUGCUGAUAUUGGAUGAAGAAUGAAUUGAGAAAAUAAAGAAGACUUGGAAGGCCCUCUCGCUCACUGGAGUCAAGCACACUGAAAGAUGUACCUAUACUGCUU